AUGGCCUCACCACCAGCCUCCAAGAUCCAGGACUUUGCCUCGCCCCCCAGCCCUCCCACGCCCGCCCCGGGACUCCAUCUCGACACCCACCUCGAUGGCCCGUCCCAGAGCAGAAGCCGUGGAAGGUCGGCCACCUCAGCAACGGCAACCGCAGCCCAGCCCAACAUCGAAGACCUCCUCAGCCCCACCCUCACUCGCUCCUCCGUCGACACCACGCUGCGCCGCCGCAUCACCCGCUCCAACACCGUCCGUCACUACCACUCGCCCACCAGAGCAACGUGGGAGGAGCCCGGUGCCGAGCCCGGUGUCGACGUCAAAGACGAAGAGGCCGCCGCCCGAUUCGCACACCUGCGCCAGCAAUGCGACAUCACCGUCGUCGACUUCUCCGCCGAGAGGAUCCAGACCUACGAGCUGGACAACGACACGCUGCACGACUUUGUCAAGAAGCCCAAGGAGGACUGGGUCGACUGUCGCUGGGUCAACGUCAACGGCCUGGACUUCGACGUCAUCGGCGAGCUGACAACCCACAAGCAGCUGCAUCGCCUGGCCAUUGAGGAUCUGAUGACAGGCCGAGAGCAGCGCACAAAGGUCGACUGGUACUCCGACCAAGCUUUCAUGCUGUUGACCCUCUCCAAGCUCGUUCGAAACCCUAGCAACGACUCGGACAGCGACUCGGACUCGGAAGAGGAGCUGCCCAGAUACGCACGCUCGCGAUCACGCUCUCGAGCCGCGCACCACGCCCAAAAGAAGAAGAGGAAGACUUGGAUCAAGAACAUCAAGCACGCCCUCGGCCUCCACCCCGGACCAACCCAACCCAAGGACCUGGAGCACACCCCAGACAGCCUCGACAAGCACAACACCAACCUCGACGGUGCGAGCACAUCCCGUCUCUCGACCUCCAAAGAAGGCUCCGCCGGCAUUCGCACCCUGCAACGCUAUCGUGGAGGUCCCAACCUCGAGCGCAUCCUAUACCUGGAGCAGAACUCUGCCCUCACCGACAAGCACCUGACCGUCAGCGUGGAGCAAGUCGGCAUCUUCCUCUGCUCCGACAACAGCGUCAUAUCCUUCUUCGAGCACUCCGCCGACAUCAUCGAGUCCUUCAUCCUCAAGCGUCUCAACACCGAGGACACGAUCCUCCGUCGCUCCGCCGAUAGCUCCAUGAUUGUGCAAGCCAUCAUCGACGCCAUCAUCGAUCUUGCCAUACCCGUCGUCGCCGCCUACGAAGACGCCAUGGGCGAGCUGGAACUCGAUGUGCUCGAGGACCCUGAGAUCCACCACUCGCAAUCCCUCUAUCUGCUCACCUCGGAGCUGUCCAUUCUGCGCAACACCAUCCAACCCAUCGUGUCCCUCAUCAAUGCACUCCGCGACCACAAAUCCGACCCGAUGCAGCAGAAUUGGAUCCAGCACCAGAACUCCCAUCUCGCCACCCGCAAAACAAUGUCCUCCAUCGCCAUCUCACCCCUCGCGCACACCUACCUGGGCGACGUCGAAGACCACUGCAUCAUGAUCACCGCCUCGUUGGACCAGAUGCGGCGCGCAGCCGACAAUCUCAUCGACCUGAUCUUCAACAUGAUGGGCGCGUUCCAGAACGAGUCCAUGAAGGUGCUCACCGCCGUCACCAUCUUCUUCCUCCCCCUCACCUUCCUGGUCGGCUACUUUGGCCAGAACUUUGCCCGCUUCGACGGCGUGCAACACCACUCGGACAGCUUCUUCUGGAUCAUCGCCGUCCCCGUCAUGGUCCUGACUGUGCUCGUGCUCAUGAGCCAGACAAUCGUCAGAAAGGGCAGGCGGUGGAUGGGCAAGCUCAAGCUGAAGAGGGCCAAGUCGAGGGUCGGCGCCCAGGGCGGGCGCAACGGCGCGAAUCUGCUGGGCAUGACGCAUGAGCAGAAGAAGAGAGCUAAGCGGAGACAGACCAUGUACACCAAAGGCCAGAUUGGGUCUUUUUAA